UCACGAUCAGAGAAUUUAACAAGACUGAAUAGCUGUCAUUCGUAUAUAGCAACAGUUACCGAAUGAAUGCUAUCCAAUCAUAAGCGUCGUUCAAUUGGAUCAUCCGCUGCUGACGUUAACGGAAUUAAAUCAACCUCAAAAUUAACAUCAUCCAGUGGACGAAAGAAUUCAUUGACUUUAAACCUUUUUAAGCACGGUAUAUCAGAUGUUGAAGAUAAUAUUUCGACCAUAUCGCCAACAAGUUCUUUACAUUCGGAAACUUCUCCACAAUCGUUAUCAAUUGUAACAGAUUAUUUUAAUUCUGUACAAAUAUCUCCGCAGAAUCCUUACAAAUUAUCAAAAAAUGUUAAAAUCAAUGUUUCUGAUUCAGAAAAAGAUUUUUCGGAGGAUGACGAAGGUGAUGAUGUUACAGACGAUGAAGAAUUGUACAAUUUUUUCAAUGAUCCCUUAUCUCCACCCUCAGUUAGAUUGACACCGUUUGACAAUCAAGUUGGAGGUCAUACAUCAUUUUUCAGGUUUUCGAAAAGGGCAGUUUGUAAACCUUUAGUACGUAGAGAACAUCAAUUCUAUGAAAUUUUAGAGACGCUACGUCCUGAUCUUUUACCUUUUGUAUCUCAAUAUUUGGGGGUUCUUAAUGUUACCCAUCGAGGUGAAUUAGGGUCAAUGCCCGAAGUAGUAUUUGAACAAAAUAAACAUUUGUUGCCAGAAUGGAUGCUUAAUAAAGUGAAUUCAUUUGUUGACCAUGAUCACAAUUUGGAUAAGGAAAACUAUGAUAAAGAUUGUUUUGAUAAUGUAAAUUCUCAAGGCUUAUGUACCAAGGUAAACAAACAAUUAAAGGAGGAAGUACUUGGUGAAGUAUUUUCACCAAAAGCUUUACGAUCCUAUAUAACGAGGAGGCAUUCAAUGAUAAACAUUUCUAAUUCAGAGAAACCUAGUAGCAAUACAUCAGAAAUGUCAAGAAGUCUAACAGAUAUUUGCCAUAUUAAUGAUAAGAAUCCGAAAAUAUCUUACGAUAUUUUAUCAAAUAAGCCUUUAGAAGAUUAUGAAGUGGAUAACUGUAAUAAAGAAUCGACUUCAACGAGAAAAGAAGAUCACCUUACUUCUAUUCAUUUAAAAGCUCAAUCCGCUACGUCGUCUCCAAACAUGACGCCUCAGAUUCUCAUAGACUCUCCAACAAUCUUCAAAAUAGAAGAAUUUACUUCUUCAACGCGAAAUUCUACAACAAAUCUUCAAUGUAGACCCUCUAAGAGACGUAUUAUAAAGACUUCAAACGAAGAACUAGAAAAAAACACGGAGAUGUUGACGCCAUCAUCAUCAGAAAAGAUAAACAAUCCAUGGUCCUUGCAUUGUUAUAAUGCUACACAACUUUCCAAAUUACAAAAUGAAGUUCAACAGUUUGUCUUACUUGAAGAUCUCACCGCUGGGUUGAAAUAUCCUUGUGUCUUGGAUCUUAAGAUGGGUACCCGCCAAUUCGGAAUUGAUGCCUCACCAGAAAAACGUGAGAGUCAAAUAAAGAAAUGCGCAGAGACUACUAGUAAAACCUUGGGUGUAAGGAUUUGUGGCAUGCAGGUCUAUAAGACUACUACUCGUAAAUUUAAAUUCCAGAGUAAAUACUACGGUCGAUCUUUGAACCAGGAUACCUUCCAAAACACACUAGAAGAUUUUAUUCAUAAUGGGCACAAGUUGCUGGAUCAUCAUAUUCCUAUCAUCAUACGUAAGCUUCGAAGGCUGGCCAAAAUUAUAAAAAGUCUGGAUAACUACCGAUUUUAUGCGAGUAGUUUACUAUUGAUUUAUGACGGCGAUGAGAACAAUCCACGCGACAUAGACAUUAGGAUAAUUGAUUUUGCUCAUUGUACAACGGGUAAAGAUUAUCUUCCUAGUGAAUGUAGAUAUCCACCGACAAAAGGUUUUGAUAGAGGAUAUUUAUUAGGGUUGAAAAAUUUAUGUAGGUCAUUUGAGACCAUAUAUAAAGACCGUUGUGGUAUAAUACCUGAAGAUAUCGGUGAGGAAGAUGAUGUGUUUUCGGAUAUUUAUUAUAAUAACACAUCACCCGAAAAAACACUUAACAAAAUACCAACUGAAUCAAUCUAAAAUAGAGGAUCAUAACAAUAAUUCGGUUUACAUAAUCUUGUCCUUCUCGAUAAUAGUUAAACAAUGAUCUGCCACACAAAAAGCUUGUUGCUGCUUGUUCUUUACCAAAUCUUGUUUUCUUUCUCUUUAUUUGUAUUUUAUCAACCCUUUUUUAAUCAAAUUCGAGAAUUCGAUGAUUCAUGCAAUUAACCAUUGCGAAGAGUGAAAAAAUUUUACUCUUCACUUUUUCUUUGUAAAUUUUUUGUCAAAUAAAUAUUUUUUUUCUUUCAUCUUGUAAUAUUUUUUUUUUAUUUUUGUAUAAUUGAUAGACA